CACUAAUAGUAGAUCAAACUCUUGGAGUUUCUAUUUGAGAUGUUAAGAGAGCACACUCGACAUGAAAGUCGAUUAGAUUAGCAGAUCAUAUUACAUGUUCGGCAUUUUGAUAGAGAAUAAGUAUAUGCAUUUGCUAGGAGUCACAAGUGCAUGGACAUGUAUGAAAAAUCCAACUUGUCGAGAUGAGAAGGAUAUAAGUUUUGGGGCGGUAUAAAGAGAUGUGUGUCACAUUUAUGCUCACACCUCAGAUCAAAUAAAAGGCAAGAGGCAACCAUCAAGCAUGAGUCUCGAAAAUAGUGACUAGUCAAUCGUGCUCUGCAUCCGAUAACCGAUGCUUUAGCUUUGACAACUUGUUAGUUGGUUUGGUAACAUUAAGUAUAUGAUAGAACAUACGACAAUAUGUAUAGAAGCAUGAGUUAUAGGACGAAACAUUUCAUGUGAUGUAUCGUGGUAGUACAUGUCAAACUUAUGUCGGACUUCUAAAAGUCAGUAUCCAUAACGAGUUGACACGACACGAUCAUCCGUUAUCUUCACUAGAAAAAAAGCCUAUGAAUAUUAAUAAUCAAAUUGACGAUUUUAUCCGUUAGUGUGAACAAAUUCACUAAACUAAAAAUUGAAUGAUGGUCUUAUUAGUCACUAGAAGUUGUGUCACCGUAUAUGUAAUUGACCUACAUAGGAAAAGGAGAGAGAGGAGAAAGUGACAGGCGGGCAGUUAACAUAAAUAGCAUGCCCAUAUAGAAAUUGUAAAAUGAUGAUCCCCACACUCACUCUCCUUCCCCUCUUCCCCUUCUCUCUUUCUUCUUCCUUCUGCGAAGAAGAGGAAGAAGAUCGAGCUUAGCCGGCCAAAAUAGAAAAAAAGAGGGGUUUAGCAGGCUGGCUGUCUAUCUUCUUUCUCCCGUCUCCACUCUUCUCUCCUUCUUCGUCUCCAACUAACCCUCUUCCUCCCUCUCUCCCAUCCGCUGAAAAAACCAUCUUCAGCUAUUUUCUCUCUCCCUGUCUCCUUCCGCCUUUGUUAUUCCCAUCCCGACUCUUCCUCUCUCUCUCUCUCUCUCUCUGCCAUGCCAUGUCCUUUUCUCCAUUAACCCAGACCCAGACUGUCUAAAAAUGCUCCAUCAUUCCUAAUCUCGUUUCCUCGCCACGUUCUCGGGAUUUGAGCUGUUUCUGGUAUCGUCUCGCUCUUCUUCUUCCUCUGUAGCUGGAUGAGGAGAAAUGGCGGAAGGAAGCGAUGAAGCUCGCUCGCUCUCGAUCUAAUGUACGUUGGUUUGGGUCUGCUUGCUUUCCAGGGACAGCUUUUAGGAAAUUUUUUUUUUUGUUUAUGUUUCAGAGAACAAAAAAACAGUUGCGUGAUUAGGAGAUCAAAGUCAAGAUUCUUUCCUCUUAAUUGCUUUUUCCAUCGCUUUUCAUUCGUUGUGGUCGCCCCCAUUUUUUUUGUUAGUUUGUUUUGGCAGUAUCCCAUUCCUAGGUUAACGAGGGAGCCAUAGCUUCGUGAAACUCUGUAUUGCCGGCUAACAAUGUCGCGGGGACGACGACGAGUUACUAGCAUUACAUCGACCGUUUCAUUUCUUUUUCUUGUUUUGGGUUUUAUCUUUUAGAGAUUUCCGUCUCCGGCCGUUUUCAUGCUGUGCAUUGAGUUAGUCUCUCCGUACAACAGGGGUUGGUUGAUUGAUUGAUCCGUUUUAGGCGGCUUCAUCGGCGUUUAGUGCACUACCGUUUCUGCAAAAUCUGAUUGGGCGGAGUGCUUAGGUUUGUUUUGCCUCGGCCAGCUUGACUGCAACCUAAGCUGUUUUUGUCUACUUGUAAAUGGUUUGUUACUUUGUUUCAGAGAAGAAUUGAGUUUUCUAGAUGGGUUUUAUUGACACUACUGAAGAUUAAACGUUGUUUUGAUGUAUGAAAUGGAGUGAUUCUCUUCACCCACUUUUCAGCAUUGCAGUUGCUGAAUUGGGGUCUCUAGGUUCUGUAGCAGACUGCAUUCUUAUUGAGAGUGAUUGGGUUUAUGUAAUAUGCUAGUUUCAGUGAUGUGCUGGUUGGUUUACUUUUGAUUGCGUUGAAGAUAAUGCUCGUCUUGUUGACUAGCAUUUGUUUCCAAACUUGUUGCAGGAUGGGUAGUGGAUUCCAAGUGCAGAAUGUGGAGGCUGGGAGUAGCUGUUGUUACUGAUCAGUGAUCGUAAUUGAAGUUGAUAUUUCUGGGUAGCAGGUAAAAUGCUGAUGCCAGGAGAUAUUGAUCUGAGUUCGGUGCCAAGGCACACAGACCCGCUUAAAGUACUUGUUCAACAGGCAAUGCUCAAACGGGAGGCUAUGUAUAACCCUCAAAUCCAUGGAGAACUCCAUCGUCGAUCAAAAACACGGAGAUCACUCAUGAUGGAUAUUGUUGAUAAUAACGAGUGUGGAAGUAGCUACAAUUCAAGGAAUGUGAAAGCUCGGUCAUGUUUCCUACCUCCCAAAGAUGCCUUGAGAUACGAAUUGCUUGCUAAAGAAGCACGGUUUUCAUCAGUUACCGAGGUACGGUCUACACAUACACUAAAGCAGGACAUAUUAGAGGAAUCUACGCAAAAAUCAGUAAACCUCCAACUUUCUGCCGAUGAAUUCAUUCAUCAGUCAGGAGAUGACCUUCAAGAAAAAGGAAACGUUUGGAAUAUCUUGAAAGAACCUUCCAAUUUCCAGCAUCCUCCUACUGAUAGAAAUUCUAGUAUGAAUAAAGGCGAGUUGAAGCUUUCUCUUGGUACCAAACGACACACUAGAAUGUAUGGUGUAAGCGGUACAUCAAGCACUAGGUUUGAUAAGAAUGAUGAUCUGUACAACAACCCAAUUGUGAUUGAUUUAGAAGAUUCAGUUGAGAAGACACAUGAUGAUUAUGCAAGGUGCAGUAGAAUGCGUGAUGCAUGUGGUACGUCAGCUACCUGGUUUGAUCAAAAUAGGCAUCUGGAUAAUGCUACGGUGAUAAAUUUGGAAGACCCAGUGCAAGACAAUAAUUCAAGACGCCCUAGAAUGCCUAAUGUACAUGGUGUGCCAAGCACUUGGUUUGAUAAGAACAGGCGUCCGAACAAUAAAAUUGUGAUUGAUUUAGAAGAUUCACUUGACAAGGCACAAGAAAGCUCUGCGAGAUGCACACCUUUCAGUUCUGUCUGUCAAUCAACUUCCAGGGAGGAAUUGACAGUCUCAAAAAAUGAGGGGAAGAGAAGAUUAUAUUAUGAAAGAGGUCCCCGUGAUGAUUCUUGCAAUGGUAUUUCCUCUGGAGGCCAAUUGUUUCUGGACCUUAACGAAGAAUACCGCGGUGAUUCUUCUUACUCUGCUGGUGCAUGCACUGGACUGCUUGGUAGUGUGGAGGAAGGAAUUCUUCCUGUUGGGGUAGGGAAACAACAAGUCAUCUGCAGAUCAAAUGAAACAUCUGGUGGUAGAGCAGAUAAUAAUGUAGCAAAGCUUACUCUUUUGGACCUCAACAUAAAAUGCGAGAGCACGGGCUGCGAGCUGGAAAAUGAUUGUGAUGAUGGUAGAAUUGGUAGCUUUAAGUCCCAGAUAGAAUCUUCCGAAGACCCUGGCAGCUGCGCUGAUACCAAGACUAACCUUGUCAAGCUGAAGUCAAUUAAUCUCCUACUACAGGAUUUGAACCAUAUGCCUGCUAGGGAUGGAGGAGAAAUGAGUUGUGGUACAAGUGGAGUAGAUAAUCCGGCUUCUUCUAUGUGGACUGACGAGAGCCAAAAUGCAUUACAUGGCAACAAGUCGCCCUCUUCAUGCAAGUCCUGCAUUUCUGACAAUAAUUCGGGCAGCAUUAAGACAACCAAUUCCAUCACUGGGUCAAACAUUAAUUGCCCUGCAAGGGCAACUCUGUCUGUUAGUGAUGGAGAAAAUGGAGGUCUCCUCAACAAGCAAGCAGAGCAACCAGCUAGAGUGGAAGAUGCCAUGAUGAGAAGAGCAGCUGUUUCACUGAUCUAUUUGGCCCUGGAUGACGCAGCGGCAGCAGCCCCUUUUGAAGAUUCCAAGCCACAGUAUUCUAUUGAUUCUUACGAGUUAAUUGCUAUGAAUCUGACACAGAACAUGGACGAUGAGGAUUCUGCAUCUUCAUCAAAGCCAUUUGAAGCAGACCUUGGCGAGGUUAAGGAUCUCGGUUCUAAGUGGAAAAGAGGGAGGAGAUUGAAAGACUUUCAGAAGGAGAUACUACCUGGGAUUGCAACUCUUUCUAGACUUGAAAUCCGUGAGGAUAUAAACAUCUUGGAAGGGGUUCUUAGAUCGAGGGAGUACAAGAGAAUGCAGCAGGCCAAGGGAGUGCAUGAGGAGAACUGGUCGGGUUUGGCUAAAGGGAAACGGUCUAGAAGAAACUGUGUUGGAAAGAGGAAAUCUUCAUAAAGAAAUCUGGGCACAUAUUCUUUGAUCUUUCCUAUGACUACUGUUAUAGGUCUCAGCUCUGUUGAUUUAGGACAAAAAAGGGGAUUAGGAUUUGAUGUCUUCACUAGGUUUUGAUAUUGAGUUCAUAAGGCCCUCUACAACAGUUGAUCCUUAAACAACAUAUUCUAGUUCAGGGUUGUUCUUUACAUGUAUCAAGGAUAUACAUAACCAUGGGUCUAUUGGCUUGGAACGAUUCCUUGUAAUCUAUAUAAUGGUUGGAUUUUGGUAUGAUGUAAACUAGUUUUUUCUCUGCGUUCUCUUGGGAAAAAGAAGACAAGGGAAGAUAGGUGGUGGGAGACUAGAGAAAUAGAGAAUGUUGUCUAAACAGAAGGAGAUGAUAGAGAGGAGUUGGCCCAUGUUUAUGGGGACAGCUUGUUUCUUUCCCAAGUUACCUUUGUCUAUUUGUUUUCUUUCCCAAGUUACCCAACUAAGGAUUGUGCAGAGCAGACUCUGGAUUCCCAUCUUUCCCUAACAAUGCUCUUACUCAUUUGGGCUGCUGUCACUUCGGGCUCGUGGGCUUCCUUUCCAAUGAGCCCAGCUUCUGGUUUAUGAAAAUUAUUAUAUAUAUGUUAAGCACUUUAAAUCCACACACAGACAUUUAUCUCUUUCGUCGUACAAAAAGGUAAAAAUAGGUUUUUACAGCUUGGAUUGAAUAACUCGUAUCAGAAGAAGGCAAUUGUGAUUGUGGAGCUCGGGACAAAGAAGAGGCAGACAAGGAAUCAAAAUCUUUUGUCGUUCUUGUUUCACCCAUUUUUGGGCUUUUGUUGAACCUAUUAUUAAGUGAUCUUUUAGCAGCAAAGAUUUUCUUGGACAAAAAAAAAAAAAAAAUAGUCUUUAUUGUUAUUAUAUUUAUAUACGAAAAAAUUAUUGGAUUGCUGCUCCUUUAGGGUUUCGGCUCUACAGCUAGCUGGGUCCAGCCCAUCAGGGCAAAUUUGUGGGGGAGGGGAGGUCUCAUCUUUUUUCUAUUGUUCGUGGACAUGGUUUAUGGUUGUCUCCACAAAUCAACGUAUAAUCCAUUUUCUUAUUCUAUUGAAUUUGAGAAGUUAAAGUUGGAGAUGGGGUGUUAUGUAGUGGCAUAUCCAAUAUUUCAAUUAUUGUUUAUCUGAUUUGAAAAAAUAUAGUAUGAGAUGACUUUUAUCUUAUGGGUCAUUUGGAUAUGUAAGACACCAUGAUGAUAUAUUUUGCUCACAAUGUCCCAAGACUAGUCAUCGCAACAAAACUUCUUGUUUAAGUAAAAAAAAAAAAAAAGCAUUUUGGCAUCACAAUCUCUCAUUUUAGGCGUUGUCAAAUGUGUCGAGGGAGCCGGAUAUAUGUAUUUGUGCCAAAUGUCUACAUUUGCAUUCUUACUCAUCCAAACGACCUGUAAAUCUUUUCUAACCCUCAUGUGUUGUAAUGCUGUAAAAUGUUUCUAAAAUGAAAUAUUGUCCAAGUUAUUAAGGUUGAGAGCGAAUAUGAAGUUUGAUGAUUUAAGGAUUUGAGAAAUGAGGGAACCAACAAUUCAAGAGGUGGGGUUUUAUUUUAUUAUUGCAAAAUUAAACGGUAUUGUAUAGUUAGAUGCUUAUAUGGACACGUCUAUGGUGCACCACAAUUCCUUGUAAACGAUAAACAACUAAUUUAUAA